AUGUCAAAAGUCACAAACACGGAUUCGGAUGGCAUAGUGUUUGGGGUUGACGGCGGGUUCAAGUGGGGCCGUGGGAGAGACGAGCAGUGUCGGUGGUUAGCGCCUGUAGGUGUGACGACCGGUGCGUGUUCGGGUGAAGAGAAGAAGGAAACGGGUCGCGCUCGCCGAUUCAAGUGUAGUGGUUUUUGGCUGGAUGGCCCUCGGCGGCAACGAGAGAGGGCUGCAGUGGUGGCUGGUGGUGAGAAAGAAGAUGGGUUUGAUUGA